CUUCCCCAUCAUCACUCAAGCGCCGACUGAGCGCCUCAGAAUUCGAAUUCCGACCGCAGGAGGCCACGAUAACCCCUCGAGCUGUUGCUGAGCAACAUUACUGACCAUGAGUGGGCUCGAAGUCACCGAGACCGAUGCCAACGAUGCGCGGAGGGCCCUGGACGACGAGAUCGCAGUCCAUGAACGCGCGAUCCGCACCCUAAAGUCCCGACGAAACACUCUAGCACCCAUCGCACAACUGCCGCCAGAAGUCCUCUGCAGCAUCUUCAUCUUCAUCUCCCGCCAGGGUCAAACCGAUUAUAACAAUGGAAUGAGCCUGGACUGGACGAAGGUCUCUCAUGUCUGUCGAUAUUGGCGCGAAUGCGCACUGGACUGCCCGCGCCUCUGGAGCGCGCCCAGCUUUCAGCCCAGCCAGAAGUGGGGUCUGGAGAUGCUCCAGCGAUCCAAGAUGGCCCCGUUGUCAAUACGGACGGACACUUCCUACAUGACGCCCAAAGCCGUCGAUGCCGUACACACAGCACUCCAGCAGAUCCACCGCAUCAGUGAGCUGCACAUAACGGCCGUGCCGUCCACCCUGCAGCGCCUGUGCGCGCCCCUCAACCGGGCGGCGCCGCUGCUCGAGUCCCUCCUCAUCCACGCGAACCCGCGCUCCAGCUACUACGUGACGGAUGAAGGCUUUCCGCUGGCGGACGACUUCCUCGCAGGCGAGACACCGCGGCUGAGGCGGCUUGAGCUCAUCCGGACGCGCAUCAACUGGAAGUCGGGCAUCUUGUGCGACCUCACGUCGCUCAAGAUUAUCAAGAUCCCACACGCGAGCCGCCCGACUAUCACACAGAUGCUGGACAUCCUUGCCAAGAUGCCCAACCUGCGCAUGCUCUGGCUGGAAGACUUCUUGCACAAUGUCGAUCUUGAUCCCGACUCGUCCUUCUUCAACAGCUCGGAGUCGCAAACAGACACCGCCAUGCCAGGAGCCAUCGCCCUCCCGAAGUUGCGUGCGUUGCAUCUGCAUGCGAGUACUUUGCAAUGUGCCGCUUUCCUCAGCGCGCUCAAGAUGCCGGUCUCGGUCGCGUUCGAUCUCGUCGUUCGUGGCGGGACGAAGACCGGGCGCGACUUUUCCCCAAUCUUCCCCCUCUUCAAGCGUCUUGGUGCAGAUAGCAAGCGCACGAUCCGGAGCCUCAUCGUCGAGCGGUGCUCGGUGCACUCCGUCAUGCUGCGCGCGCACCAGAACGCGAAUAACACUGCGGGGCACCCUUUAUUCAAGCUCGAGCUCUCGUGGCAGCAGUUCACGCCAAGCACGGGUGCGAUCGUCAUGCACGAUGUGCUGCGCGCCCUGCCUCUACGUGAUCUUCGAUCGGUGCAGGUCCGCCGGGUCGAGCUGGUAGACUCGGAUCGAUGGGUCGGCGCGCUCUCGAACUCGCCCAAACUACGAAGCAUCAAGGUCGUCGGCGACAACCACAGCACACGCGAGCUCAUCACCGCCCUUGGCCAGGUGCGCGCCAGCGAGCCGCGCAAAGUCUGGAUUCCCUCCCUCCGUUCGCUCUCCAUCGAAGAGUUCUCCUUCCGCGGCGACUGUGACAUCAUAGACGAGGAGUACCACGAGCCGGAGGACGAGGACGCGAUGCUCGAACAGCUGCUCGACUGCCUCAUGUGGCGCCAGGAGUGCCGCGCGCCGGUUACGGAGCUGCGGCUGCAGGAGUGCCGGUACAUCGACGACGACGCCAUCGCGCGGCUCGAGGAGGUCGUCGUGGAGGUCGACUGGGAUGGGCUGGUGCAGGGGUAUAGCGACGAUGAGGACGAGGACGAGGGGUACAGUGACUAUGAGUAUGGGUACUUCGGCUACCCGGGCGACUCGGACUAUGAGGACGACCUGUAUGCGGGGUAUCUGCCGCCUUACUGAUCAGAUAAAUUCGACGAGUACCUACUGACUGCUUUCUUGGGAGUGAGUGAUCCUUCUAAGGCGGAUGCCUGUGUGAAUGCUGACUGUGUUCUCUCACAGCUUUCUAUGUUAUUGAUGCAAGUAAUCCCUGUGUACAACCUACGAGCCUGGUUAUGUAUCAUAUCCGAUUCGCCGUGGUCUUCCACCGACCUAUAUGCCCGCCUUUCUCGGGGGCGGCUGAGCGUGCAGUCGUCGGUCCGAC